GAUAUAGAGAUAGAGAUAGAGAUAGAGAGAGAAAAACUACCCUCCUUUUUGUACACCCUCUCUCUCCCCCUUCUUUCUUCUGCUCACACAACACCACAAAUAGAUACAAAUACAGAGAUAGAGAGAGAAAAACUACCCUUCUUUUUAUACACCCUCUCUCCCCUUUGUUUCUUCUUCUCACACAACACAACUCUCUCUCUCUCUCUACCUCCUCUUCUUGCUCUCUGUCUAUAUAUGGAAGGAAUUAUGGGAGGGAGUGAAAUGGGUAUGGGACCAGUUUUCACGAUGAGUGGUCGGAGCGAGAUGGGGUACCCGUACCCGUACCCGUACCCGAACUACACGGAGAUGGAGAAGAGGCAACUGUUCUUGAGGAGCUACCAGUUCUGCAGGAAAAAGAGUGUUGCAGAGAGGAUCAAGGGUUCUUUCUUCCGGGUCAAGAGGGUCGUUUGGUCCAGGCUCCGAUCCGCCAGAAAGAUCCGAAAGAUAGUCUGGUUCAGGCUCCGAUAUGGCUUCUUCUACUCCACGAGGAAGAGAAACUUUCUUCGCCUCCACAACCCAAACACCACCACUACUAAAUCUUGGUCUUCUUCUUGCUUCUCCUAGGACUCUACUCUCUUUUUAUUUGUUUAUUUAUUAUUAUUUAAAAUUUUAAAGUUGAUUUCAAGUUAUGUAGCACUACAAACUGCAGAGUAUGAUCCAAAUUCUUAGCUAACAUGUUUGAUACGGCUGUUAUACAUAUUAUAUAGUUAUAUCUCUAUAUAUGAUUUUAACUAUACAAAUUUAUUAGUCUC